CCGGAACUGGUAAAGACAAUAGCGAACAGUACAGACCAGUGACUGAAUAUUCUGCGUCUUCUAUUAUUUUAUUUUAUUUUAUUUCGAUUUUUAUAAAAAAAUCCCUAUAAACCCCACUAAGUGGACUGAAAUCUCUUGCGCUUGACUUGCAGCAACCUGCAUGAGCCAUUUCUUUUGCCUCUCCACGCCUCACGCUAUUCCCUGCCUAAUAUCGAGUCCAAUCAAUUCAUUUACUUACUCAAGGGGCGCGUCAAUCUCCCCUUUUCCCGAUCGAUCAAUCAUUUGCGAGCCUCUCGUUGGUUCGCAACCCGCCCGUCCAUCCCGGGUUCAUUUCGUGCCCACAUCUGGGGUUUUUCGGGAGUUUUCGGACCCUCCAGCCAAGAGGCAUUUCUUUCGCCUAGUCUAACGGGAUCAACGAACUAACCCUCUCCAACCAACUAUCCUCGCCCCCCAGUCCGCUUCAGCUCAUCCCCUGCCCCGACAUCUCCCGUGAAACUGUGGAGAAAGCAUCCCGGGAAACUCGAACUUUGCAGAGUAUUACUUCCGUCUGAGAAGAGAGAGCCAAGUUAUCGUCGCCGUCAUGGCCCAUGCUCAAAACAUUAAUAUACCCCCCAUCGCCCCCUCCGGUGAACCAGGUCCUUUGUAUUCAGAUUUCUUCCAACAGCAAGUCGCGAAACAAAGAAACAAUAAUUAUCACUCGACAUCGCUGAACACAAUGGUUGCCACUUCUGUGAAUCGUACUUCGCUGCACCCCGGUGGUGUUCAGCCUGGCAAGGGACACACUGAGCUUGAGGAGGAGCUCCAUGAGCACGCCCACAUUGACUACGACCGAGUCGCUAUCAUUGCCAACCCCUCUGCUGCUGCUCUCUAUGAAGAUGCUCUCGUCUACGAGACUGGUACCGCCAUCACCUCCAGCGGUGCUCUGACUGCCUACUCCGGCGCUAAGACUGGCCGUUCCCCCUCCGAUAAGCGUGUCGUCAAGGAGGAGUCCUCCGAGAACGAUGUCUGGUGGGGACCUGUCAACAAGCCCAUGACUCCUGACGUCUGGCGUAUCAACCGUGAGCGUGCUGUCGACUACCUCAACACCCGCAACCGCAUCUAUGUCGUCGAUGGUUUCGCCGGCUGGGAUGAGCGCUACCGUAUCAGCGUCCGUGUUGUCUGCGCGCGCGCCUACCACGCUCUGUUCAUGCGCAACAUGCUUAUCCGCCCCUCGCCCGAGGAGCUCCAGCGCUUCCACCCCGACUAUGUCAUCUACAACGCCGGCUCUUUCCCCGCCAACCGCUUCACCGAGGGUAUGACCUCGGCCACCUCGGUCGCCAUCAACUUCGCCGAGAAGGAGAUGGUCAUCCUCGGUACCGAGUACGCCGGUGAGAUGAAGAAGGGUGUCUUCACCGUCCUCUUCUACGAAAUGCCCGUCAAGCACAACGUCCUGACUCUGCACUCGUCCGCCAACGAGGGCAAGGAUGGUGACGUCACCGUUUUCUUCGGUCUGUCCGGCACGGGCAAGACCACACUGUCCGCGGACCCCAACCGUGCCCUGAUCGGUGACGACGAGCACUGCUGGACCGACACCGGUGUCUUCAACAUUGAGGGCGGCUGCUACGCCAAGUGCAUUGGUCUCUCCGCCGAGAAGGAGCCCGAUAUUUUCAACGCCAUCCGCUUCGGCUCCGUCCUGGAGAACGUGGUCUUCGACCCCAUCAGCCGUCUGGUCGACUAUGACGACUCGACCCUGACCGAGAACACCCGCUGCGCCUACCCCAUCGAGUACAUCGAGAACGCCAAGAUCCCCUGCGUGUCGGACGGCCACCCCAAGAACAUCAUCCUGCUCACCUGCGACGCCCGCGGUGUGCUCCCGCCCAUCUCCAAGCUCACCACCGAGCAGACCAUGUUCCACUUCAUCUCGGGUUACACCUCCAAGAUGGCCGGCACGGAGGACGGUGUGACGGAGCCCCAGGCGACCUUCUCGUCCUGCUUCGCCCAGCCCUUCCUGGCCCUGCACCCCAUGCGCUACGCGAAGAUGCUGGCCGAGAAGAUCUCGCAGCACAAGGCCAACGCGUGGCUGCUCAACACCGGCUGGGUCGGCGCUGGCGCCACCACCGGCGGCAAGCGCUGCCCGCUCAAGUACACCCGUGCCAUCCUGGACGCCAUCCACAACGGCGAGCUCGCCAACGCCGAGUACGAGGUGUACCCGAUCUUCAACCUGCACGUGCCCAAGAACUGCAGCAACGUGCCGGACGAGCUGCUCAACCCCAAGAACAGCUGGACCGCGACGACGCCCUUCAACGACGAGGUCAACAAGCUGGCGAACCUGUUCAACGAGAACUUCACCAAGUACGCUGACCAGGCGACGUCGGACGUGAUUGCGGCUGGCCCGAAGCCUCAGUAGAUUCUUUUCUACUGUUUUCUCUUUUCCCUUUUUCUUCUCUGUCUGAUUUUCUAUUGAUUCCCUUCACAUGUGUUAUCCUUCAUAUGUGUAUUGCAUGGCGUGUGUUUUAUAAUUGGGUCAUUUCCUUUCCAGUGUCAGUACGGGUGAGGAGCCUGGUGGGCGAGCCGGGCCCGCCUGGUCAAGGAUCGCUUGGAUAGUACAAAAGUAAUAUUACUUGAUUCUUGAAU